AGUGCCGCUAGCGCGCACGCGCAACAGAGAGCGCCGCCACGCAGGCGCACUGCAGCCCGGAACACCGCAAAGGCGGCACUGGCUCCCCGCGGGCGAGUAGGCAGGCGCGCGCGCGCUUUUUGGGCGCGCGAAGAAGGGGGCGCGCGCCAUGGAGCAGCGGUUAGCUGAGUUCCGGGCGGCCCGGAAGCGAGCCGGACUGGUGGCUGAACCCAGCACUUCCAGCCAGCGUACACAAACCUCGGGCGAGAAGGCAGAAGCAGCUACGACUCCAAAAGCACCCUCAGGCUGGCUAAAACGGUUCCUGGCGUGGAAACCGAGGCCACCGAGUGCUCAGGCCCAGCCCAGCCUCGCUCAGGGAGCAGCUGGGCCUGGGGGCCGCGAGUCCCAGCCACCACGGAGUCCAGCUGAAGCCCCUCCACCGCCACGGCCGCCACCGCCCCUGGCCCCCCGGGACCGGUCUCUCCUGACCAGCGUCACCUUGUUGAAGGUGCUCCUCUGGUUGGUCCUGCUGGGGCUGUUCGUGGAACUGGAAUUUGGCCUGGCCUAUUUUGUCCUGUCCCUGUUCUACUGGAUGUAUGUGGGGACGCGAGGCCCCGAGGAGAAGACGCAGGGAGAGAAAAGCGCCUACUCCGUGUUCAACCCGGGCUGCGAGGCCAUCCAGGGAAGCCUGACCGCCGAGCAGCUGGAACGCGAGCUGCACCUGAGGCCUCUGCCGCAGAGAUAGGACCGGACCGGCGGCGGGCCCCCCGGGCCGCGCACCCCCUGGCUUAGACUGAGAGCAGCUUGCGGGUCAGGUCUGCGACCCCACAAUUCCACACUUCCCCUGACCUCCUGCGACAGUUUUAUCUCAGAACUUCUUUUUCAUUUUGGUGAAACUCCUGGAAAGAUACUCACUGUGGGUCUGAUGCAAUUUAUAAACAUUACACACUCAAGACAGGAGACCUCUUUGUCUCUUUAUUUAAGAGAGGCAAUUCUUAGAACACUAGGAGGGCUUUGGCGAGAUAACUGUUGAAAAUAUUGAGCUGUUUGAAGUAAUGGUUUGGUACAUCAGAGCUAUGUGUUAAAAGUAAAUAUUCUCUUUAAGUCUUUUUUUUUUUUUUAGCAUUAGUUACAGUAAGUCCCCUGCAUACAUACAUGACUUCUGUUCCAAGAGUGCAUUUGUAAGUCCACUUUGUUCCAAGUCCAACACAGUUAGCCUAGGUACCCAACUAACCCAUUUGGCUAUAUAGUGCUGUAAUAGGUUUGUAAUACUUUUCACACAAAUAAUACAUAAAAUAGAAAACAUUUUUCAUCUUAUAGUACAGUAAGAAAAAGUACAAGUACAGUGAGAAAGCACUUGAAAAGUACAGUAGUAAUAAAAUAGAAAACAUUUUUCAUCUUAUAGUACAGUAAGAAAAAGUACAAGUACAGUGAGAAAGCACUUGAAAAGUACAGUAGUAUGGCCCGACAGCUGACAUACCAGGGCUGGCAUCAAGUGAACGCGCAAGAGGCGUCACAGACUGGAGGAGAGAGAAGUGGGCGACGGCAGAGCUGAAGGGUCAUCAGCAGUAGGAGAUGGAAGGCAAGCUGCAAUGUCCCUCAUGCCUGACGUUGAUGUCACUGGUUCUGGUUCCUUGCUGGAUUCAAUUCCACCUGUCCUCUUGAAAACACAGUCUAGUGGUGUCUGAGUAGUAGCUCUUUUUUUUCUCGCCAUAAUGACCUGGCAGCACUGGAUUGCAUUCUGAAUGGCUGCUGCAGACUUUGUGAACUCUUCUGCAUUCAGGUCCGGUGCCUCAAAAACUUAACAGGGCCUCUCACGGAAAACCCCUUUACUAUUUCCUGCGCCAUGAAGCUCUUCAGUUCUUCAGUUACUUCUUCUGCUUGUCUCUCUUGGUGCUUUCUCUGGGCCUCCCAACUCCAGAUCUUCAUUAGUAAAUUCUUCAUGUUGCACAGCAAGGAGUUCAAUGCAGUUGUCCUCUUGCAGAUCUGGUUGAAAUAAAGAAACUACACUACUGUGCUUAUA